AGCGAGUCCUGCCGAAGACGAGAACGAAGGUGGAGUGAGACAGGGUUGUGUGCUGGAGGUACCUACAUUAGGCCCAGUCAUACUCCAGUGCCCGGCUAAGCAUCAGUUGUGUAGGACGGUCGCGGGCUGCAGUUUGCCAAUCGCUGUGUCAAUACCGUCCUCCAAUGCAGUCAGAACUCGUCUCGAUAUGAAGCUGUAGACGGCGUUCAGUAAACGGGCGUGUGGGUUUAGCAACAGUAGCGCUUGCAAUUGUGCAGUGGGCCUCCCUCCUCCGACACGUGGGUAGAGGAGCGGAGAACAGCUGAUCAGCUACGUCUGUGGUUGACUUACUCGAAAGGACAGUAAUAAUAGGCAUUGCGCUGGGAGUGUGAGUAUACUCUGUACUGAAAUGGACUACAUACAUGCGAAGAAAGGAUUUUUUCACUGACUGAAAUCCAGCUAUGACGUCAAAGCGACUUAUUCAUGUACCCGAGAUCAUUUGGAGUGGUUCAACGGAACGCCUUUUGUGUUGAAGGAAUUUCAUGCGCUUGUGUGUAGGUAAAAAAGGAAUGAUUCAUGUAUGCAGUCUCUCUCACCUGACCCAGCGGUAAACACGAGCUGGGUUGAACUUUAUGUCGUGGAAUAUCCAACCCCGUAUCCGCCUGUGAUUGCCUGUGAUGGUGUCUACCCAUUGUAGGGGGCACAUAAACAUAUGUAAGUCACGGUAGUGGUAUAAACCUGUCUCUGUCUUGACAGUCUGUGGCAAACACUACGUAUGUGUAUUAUUUAAUCUGGAUCUAUAUUCACAAAGAACAGUCUAUGACUGUUCGAUUAUAUCAUAGCUUAUCUUGACGUGAUUGAAUUACUGGCAUAGUGUACAUAUUUGUCGGUGAUUCUUAUCAGUGGUUUGUGAGAUACUUGUUAACCCUCGGAGACUGAACAGACCUCGAUAGAGGAUGUAACAGAUGUUGUAUAAGAGGAAAGAGUUGGCAGCCGCACAGGAAGAUGGUCCCAGGAGUCAGGUGAUAAUCUGAGUCCGGGGUUGUGUAUUGAUGAACCGGACCCGAACACGACGCUGCCUUCCACCUGCCAAGGAGACCAGGUUUUUAAAAAUUGACAUGUUUUGUGUUCCUGUAACAACGGAUGUUCACAAUGAUUUGAUCGUUCGUCACCCCGUCACGUCUGGAUAAUGCACAUGAUUAUAGGAGUUUGUGGUAAAGAGGCGAAGAGUUCUGUAGAUAUAUUUGAACGUUUCACCCUACAGUAGAUGACGUUUCAUUUGGAACUUGCAAUAACCAUUUUGAAAUAAUUGGUCACAUGAAGUGACUGUAUGAUCAGUCACACAUAUGUGAACCAGAACCCAGUAAGGGCGUCAUGACAACAAGUAUGACCAAAGACCAAACCAAGGAUCUUAACCCCCGGGCUGGUGCCCCACCCGGACAGGUGCCCGUCAUGAGGAGAAGCCGGUCCCUCAGUGAGCUCCCUGGCAGUGUCAGGGUACCCAUUAUCAGGCGGACGGACAACGAGAGGAUGAGGGCGAGGUUGGAAGCUAGUGCCCAAGGGCUGGAGGAGUUGAAGCUGUUGCGAGAGCAGCAGCAGAAACAGAUGGAGGAGGUCCGGACGACGGCGUUACAGAGGAAACCCUCGUCGUCGUCAACGUCGUCUCAGAAUGGACGUUUCUCUCAGAGUCAGCCACAGCUCAACCAGAGACGAAUGUCUGCCUCAUUACGCCUGUCUUCAACGUGUCUGGCCAGCAUCAACGAAGAAGGUGACGACGGUGGUGGAGUUUUCACCAAUGGGAAACUACAAGACUGCACAAACCUGGGGGGUUCUACAGUUGGACAUCGAAGGCAUUCAAGUUUCAGUCUGGAAGCCUGUCGGAAUAGGCGUCCUCUGAACACAACGGACACUGAUGUGUUUGAACACCAACUUACCACCGAGUCUGACAGACUCCAAAAGUCGCAGUCAUGGAGUUCUUUACUGUCUGGUUCUGCCUUCAGAUCUGUGAGUUCAGAAAGUUUGAAUGAGAGAAACAAUGACAUGACAGCAAAUCAGUUUACAAACACCCCGAAUACAAGGAAGAACCAGAGGAGUUCUUCUUUCUCUGCCAUUCCUUCAACAAGUUAUAACCAGCAUUUUGCUAGACACGAUCCAGUCGGCGAGGAUCAGAUUGUGAAUAAUGAAAACAUUGAACCUAAGUUACGCCGAGCUAGCAUUCAGUGUGAAGCUGUUUUGACAGGAGGCGGGAGUAAGAAGAACCAAGGUAUAUUCAAAGAUGUUGACUUGGCAAACGUGUCACAAGACAUGCCGAGUCCUCUCCAUGCAGUUUUGCAUGGUUUCAAAGCUCCACAGUCCCAGACUAAAGCUGCGAAUAUGGCUGAGCAGCCAGUCCAAAAAUGUGUACAGAAAAACAGUUCCACCUUUGGAUCGCAAAGUGUGAAGAUAUCCAGUUCUUCAAAUGUUAUUCAAAGGCGGAAUUCUUUCAAUGUUGAAACCAGCCUGUCUCCUAGAGGAAACGAACGUUUUUAUAAUGGUCACUCCAGAACAUUAAGUGAAGCUGACAUAAACGUUUCUAGACUGUCAAAGGGAAGUAGUGUACCAAGCAAUAUCCAUGUUCUCAGUCGGGAUACACCUAAAGUGAACAACUACUUUGCAAAACGUUCUCCAAGCAGUUCCAUCCUGUUUCAGAAUAUGAAGAAUGAAAAGCACCACUCUGGAAUGUCCGAGAGGUCAUACGGCCCAAGGACAUAUUCUGAUGGCAAUCUGACACUAGACCCAAGACAUAACUCCUUCCAGAAUGUUAGACGGGUUGAACCCCGAACUUACACAAACAAUCAAAGGCAACAAAAUGGCAUCAACGGUGAUAGAAAGAAAUCCGAAGGCAAUGUGUUUGUUGGUGACAGAGUAUCGUCAUCCCGUUCCUCACCCAACGGCAAAACUAUAAACAAGGACAAUAAAGCAGCUGAAACAAAAUCAACGGUUCGUCCAAGAGAAUCAGUUGAAAAUAAAGACUGUGAUAAAGAUCGAGGGAAGGAGCAAGAACCAAACAAGGACGAUCAUUCAUGUUCAGACACUGAACAUGAACAGAACCAAACACCAUCAAUCCAGAUCCCUUACCAUGAGAAAAAGUUCAGCAUAGCUUCUGAUGAGGGGUACGUCACGUCUCCUCCAAGCACACCGUGCGGACGCCACGCCCAUAGUAUUGUCUCCGACAGCAGCUGGAUCUCCACCGACUUCGACGACACUUCGUCAAGUUGCGAACCAAGCCCUGUUCACGGUCCAGGGAAAGUGAUGGCUGUAUUUCUUAAGAGAAAUGACAUCUCUCACGAAUAUUCCAAGGCUAAACAUUCCCGCCGAUCAUCUGACUAUGGAAGUACUUCCGAGAUUGACAGGGUUCAGGAGCGGGAAUGUGAGGCACAUCGAAGUGAGGAGGGGCUAAAACAAGAUUUGUACAAAACUGAUAGUUGUGCAUCUUUGCCUUUCCGCCAAACAGAAGUGUGACUCUUGUCUCACGGAUAACAAAUGUGUAUUUGUUCAGCUUUCGUUUCGAUGUCUGUGACACAAUGACAACUGAAUCAGUUGAGGUCUGACAAAUGACAAGGGAUUCAAAAAUUGUAUUUAUUGAAGACUGGUCCAUGGAACACUCUUAUUGGACCAGUUUUGAAUUCUUCAUAUGUUCAUGUGUCGCAUUUCAUAUACAGUUCCACAGUUCCUGACCUUGAGUACUUGAGAUGUGUGACAUGGUGAGAAUAUCAAGGUUUUUUUCGCUUGAACCUUUCGCAGAAUAUAAGAAGGUUUUGAGUUUCGAAACGCAUUUCAGUUUUAUAUGAAUGUUUGAUUACAACUGCCAUGACAGUUUCUCGGUAACAGGGAAUCUUUGCAAAUUGUUUUUCAUCUUUGUGUCCAUGAAUUUGAGUAUCAUAUGCGCAAAACGGUCAUUUAAUAAUCUUUGUUCUCAUGUAACUUCAGUGUCACCUAUAAUUAGUUCAGCAGUGGAAAACGUUUUGUUUGUAAAACAUACGUCGCACGGGUAAUUGAGAAUAAAAAACAUCACGGCAAGGAAGUAGGUUUAUACCCACAAUGCACAUCGUUAAAUCAUACAUGUUAAACAUAUUCAUAUACCUCAUAGGACACUUUAAAUCAAAAUAACAUUAUUGAUCACUAACUGUUACAUCGAGUAAACGAAUAAGACAAUCAAACUUUUACUUAUGUGUGUGUGGGCAACGGUACCGUUUAUAACAAUUCAGCAAGUUAGAAUUGCUUUUUAUAUAGUGCUAAAGUUGUCCUUUCUGCGAUUACAUGGUGUAUAUUAUACGUAGUACUGUUAGAUAUGACAGAUGCAGUAUAGAAUAGGAUAGUUUUCAUUUGACAAACAUAUCACUUGAAGAAAUCACAUCAUCUAUAUCUUAAUUAUUCGUACAAGUUUCAAUGGAACUGAAGUAUUUGCAGAUGCCAGUACGAAACAGAGAUUGGUAUACCAGAUAUGAUGUUGUAAACGUGCACAUGCAUUUAAAAUUGACUCCAAUUUACAAACACAAAUUUAUUGACAGUAGCGUUGUAUCUUUUAAUCCACACAUCGUAGAUUGCCUGUUCCGAAGAAUUACAGUAUUAUUAUAAAUUACCCGAGGACAAUUUAACCUUGACAGCUUCGUCAGAAUGAACCAGGAUCUACUUUAUGGUAUGUCAUGUCAAGGGUAAUCAACACUCUGUUUGUGAUAGCCAGUAGACCAGCUUCUGUAUUUGCUAAGCAUAGGGUGCACAUUAUGUGUGUGUGGUGAUAAAUAGCGAAAAUCCUGUUCGUUUCAACAUGCUUUCAUAAUAAGCGUAUACAUUCCAAUGAUUCAUUGAAGAGGUGAAGUAAUGUUAGGUCAUGCUCAAGCGAUGAAAUAUGAUUGAUUGGUGCAUGUAAACUUUUUAAAACGACAACUGAUACUCAUGUGUCAGUGGUCUUGUAUGUCGCUGUGGAAUUAACUCAUGAAGGUAUAUUCGUCGGUAUAUCCCGGCGUGGAUUAAGUCAAUGCAUUCAUGUCUGGUGCAAAAUGCUUGAAGGGGUUAUGCUGAAACCGAUACUGAGCUUGUCUUAAAGAUGUUUAAAGAUAUUUGUCAUCCUGUUGCAAAUACGUUUUUGAUUCAUUGCAAUAUUGUUAUAUACUGACAACUGAAAGAAACGCAACACGGAUUCAACAGAUAUGCUAGUUGUACCUAUAAUACAUAAUUUUGAUCUGUGUUUACAAGUUAAAGAGAUAAUAUAUAAAUACUCGGAAAGAAUCAACCCCAUAAACAAUCAAUUGUAAGGUGACGGAAAUCGAUAUUGUGCAUGUCACCGUAAAUCUGCGGACAUUAAAUAAUCUUUACGUGUGUAUUAAUCGAUGGUUCUGUAGGAUUUCAAGCAAUGAACAUUAUGCAUAUUUCCGUCUUAAAGUUUCUUCUAUGUUGCGUUUCUUUCAUUAGUCAGUAUAGCGCUUAGAUUUCAGUUGGAUGAGUUGUAUGUGCUUUUUGUAGGUAACGAAUAUAUGUGAAAUAACUGUUAUAGCAUAGUACAGGCCAGACAGGGCUGAUAUCCCAUAGUUAGUACUGUUGGACACGUAAAUGGUAAAUGGAAGCAAAGAGUCUGAAAUCAGAGUUGGAGUCCGUUGUAUUGCCCUGUUUCAAGAAUUGCACUCGAUGAAACCCAUGCAUAAAUUUACCACAAUGAAUAGGAUGUAGUGGGUUUUAAAGUUGUACACUCAUCAAUGUGGUAGAAAAUAGAUCUAGCCUGCAAUCAACUAUACCAACGGUUCUAGUACGACGAAUUGAUUUAUUUUUAACUUUUAAUCUUUCGUCAAAAGACGUUGCGUCAUCAUCGUGUACAAGGAAGGGAGCCCCAAAAUCAGUUCGUUUAGUCAACAUAUGCAUGAACAGAAACCAUAUUUCACAUUCCUAUGGGGUACGAAGGUUUAAACCGAUUGUUUUAUCUCCAAACGUAAUGUUAUGACCGGAAAUGACUGCACAGGCAAACGUAUGUACAGACAGAACCCAGUCUCUGUUUAACCAAAUCAAAUUGUGUUAAAACAUAAUUGUUAGACUUUGACUCGAUUUUUUGUUAUGAAAAUUAAUUUAGACUGACCCUGCCCACUUGUACAUAUGGCCUUAGCUUGACGAAGGUAAAUUUAAGGACACCUUAACACCUUAGGCGUGUACUGUUGCAUGGCGCCUAUAGCGGUAAUGGCGUGUCUUCUUUUAGGGCUUCUAUGGUGCUGUACGUUAAUGCUUUCAUCUCCCCAGGGGAUACAGGUGCACUUGGUCACAUGACGAUCUGUGCGCAACGUGAUAUGUGUUUGCCUGUGAUAAGACUGUUUGAAAAUAUAUGCUUGCGGCUAGGAUCACUGUGUCACGUUAUUGGUGAAUAAAACCUAUAUUUAUAAA